UGAUUGGCUGGAGAGGGGCUCUAGCGUCCUGUAAAUGAUGUGACAUAAAUCUCCCCCAUAGACUUCCAUUAUCUAAAACCUGCCAAAAGUAUGUCAGUUUGGACCUGUUUUUGCCUUUGUUAGGAAAAGUUCUGCAUGCACUACUUUUCUGUACCCCAAAAAAUGCAUGGCUGCUUUACCACAGAACAACCUCCAGAAGCAGCUGGAAUUAUUCUCUGUCAAGGCUGCUGGGAAUAAACUUUCUCUACAGAAAGCUAAGCCUGGUGUUUUUACCUUUAAAAAGAAAACUUCUCCUGAUGGAUCCACCUCAACUAGCAACAUUCAGGCAAAGCAGCAAGUACCACUAAAAGAUAAAAAUGUGUAUAUUUCAGUAGAUGACCAAUCAAAAAAGCCCUUGACAGUUUCAUCCUCCAAGGAAAGUGGUAAAAUCAAUGGAUAUUUUGCUCCUAGUAAUACAAAACUGUCAGAUUCUUCCCCUUUUCUUCAAAGUGUCCAACAUAAUGCAGAUAAACAGAGUGACAACAUGUCUCAAGAAACCACCUGCUCAAAGACUAAACCAGACUGCAAUACCUCUAUCAGCUCUGUCCUCAGUCUGGAAGGUUGGGAUGAUUUAAAUGAUUUUGAUACAUCUGUAUCACCUCCAAAAACUCAUAUCAGGAAACUAGGAAAGACACCACAGAAAGGCACCAAGGCUCAGUCUGUGGCAUCUUCCUCAACAUUGCCAGCUGAAGUGAAACCUUCGACAAAUGAAAGUAUUAAGACUUCUGGUCCUGAUCAGUUUGUGCUGGCAAAGAAACCUGACAUUGUAUCUGCACCAGUUUGCACAGAAGUAUUAGUGUGUGGAGAUGAAAAUGCAAAAAAUACUGUGGAUAUAAUUGAUGAUGAUAUUGAUAUGGAAGCCCUGGCUGAGGAGAUACCUGCUGAAGAUGAGUGUGAUGAGGAUUUUAUUCCUCCAUCUCCAACAGACAGUAGUGUGUCCUCUCCACCUGUGCUCCGAGGGAUCUGUUCUCUGCGAAAGUCAUCAGUCACCUCUGGAACCACAGAGGAGAAUACCAUAGAACAUCUCCGAAGGGACUCAGUCUCCUCAACACAGGGAAAUAAAGUAUCACCUGAACUUUGCACUGUAAUGCUCGAUAUUUGCAAGCUAGUGGAUAGGAUUCCCACGACUGAGUUGCAGCUUCUUUCUUGUGGAAAGGAACUACUAAAGCAGAGGGAUACUUGGAAAAGGCUCUUAUCAAAAGACUCUGUGCCGAAAUCUUCACCAUUUGAAGCUCCUGUGUUAUCUGGCGGUCUAAAACUAUCGUCUAACAAAAUAAGUGACCUGACACAAGACUAUUUGAGUACUCCCAUCUCUGAUGCUUCAUCCCAACGCCCAUUAGGAAAUGUGUUCAAAUUUAAGUCACUUGCUCUUGACAAGCCAAAAGCAAAAGACUUUUCUGCGGAUUGUGAAACUAUGAGUGAACCUUACAUAGAAAACAAAACACCAUUUUCUUUUAAGGCACCUGAUUCUACAAUUAAAGAUUCCUCAUGUCCCCAGGACUCUGUUUUUAGUGUUAGUAAUUUUAAUACACCAUAUAGUGAAAAACCACUUACAUCUAGUACAUGUGCCAAGCCUUCUGUGCAUCAACCAGAUACCUCAGAUUUGGAUGACAUAUACUUUGAUAUUGACCAUUUUGACAUUGAAGACUUUGAUGAUGAAUUGCAGUGUAUAGACAGUCCAGUAAUACCAGUUACUAACAAACCUAUGCCAUCAUCUUACCCCCCAAUACGGGAAGGACCACCAAUUGCAAAGAGUAACAGAAUUUCUUUAUCGUCUUCUGUUAACACUUCUAAUAUGUCUAGAAAAUCAGAUUCUUUUAUAAAGCUGCCAAUAGAGAACCCAGCUCAUGAGCGAUUUCGGGGCUUCAACUUUCCCCACUCAAAAGAAAUGAUGAAAAUAUUCCAUAAGAAAUUUGGGUUGCACCGCUUUCGUACUAACCAGCUGGAAGCUAUCAAUGCCUCCUUAUGUGGAGAGGAUUGCUUCAUUCUAAUGCCAACAGGUGGUGGGAAGAGUUUGUGUUACCAGCUGCCCGGCUGUGUGUCCCCCGGUGUUACUAUUGUCAUAUCCCCCCUCCGUUCCUUGAUCGUUGACCAGGUUCAGAAGCUUACUACUCUAGAUAUUCCUGCCACUUAUCUCACUGGGAAUAAGACGGAUGCUGAAGCUUCCAGUAUUUAUUUACAGCUCUCUAAAAAAGAUCCAAUUAUAAAGCUGCUUUAUGUCACUCCAGAGAAGGUUUGUGCAAGCGCAAGACUUAUCACCACAAUGGAAAAUUUGUAUGAACGUCAACAGCUGGCACGGUUUGUAAUUGAUGAAGCUCACUGUGUUAGCCAGUGGGGCCAUGAUUUCCGACCAGACUACAAAAGGCUCAACAUGUUGCGUCAAAAAUUCCCUUCUGUAGCAAUGAUGGCUCUUACAGCAACAGCAAACCCUCGUGUGCAGAAAGACAUUCUCAAUCAGCUUAAGAUGACCAAACCUCAAAUAUUUUCAAUGAGCUUUAACAGAGACAAUCUUAAGUAUGAGGUUUUACCCAAAAAACCCAAGAAGGUGGCUUUCGACUGUAUGGAGUGGAUAAAGAAAAAUUUCCCGACUGAAUCUGGUAUCAUUUACUGUCUGUCUCGACAUGAGUGUGACACUAUGGCUGACACGCUGCAGAAGGAGGGCCUUGCUGCCCUUUCCUAUCAUGCUGGGCUAAGCGACUCGAAUAGAGACUAUGUACAACAUAAGUGGAUCAAUCAGGAUGACUGUCAAGUGAUCUGUGCUACUAUUGCCUUUGGAAUGGGCAUAGAUAAGCCAGAUGUUAGAUAUGUUAUUCAUGCCACUUUACCAAAGUCUGUGGAAGGAUAUUAUCAGGAGUCUGGAAGAGCUGGCCGAGACGGAGAAAUGUCCCACUGUCUUCUGUUUUAUAGCUACAGUGAUGUAACAAGAAUCCGUCGGCUGAUUCAAAUGGAGAAGGAUGGAAACAGUCAGACAAAACAGACACACUUUAAUAACUUAUACAGCAUGGUGCAUUACUGUGAAAAUGUUCUGGAGUGUCGUCGGAUGCAGCUCCUUGCUUACUUUGGUGAAAAUACGUUCAAUCCGAAGUUUUGUAAAGAGAACCCAAAGGUUGCUUGUGACAACUGCUGCAGAACAACGGAAUACAAGUCCAGAGAUGUGACGGAUGAGGUGAAGACAAUUGUGAAAUUUGCCCAGGAGCACUGCGCUUCUCAAGGAAGAGGAAAGGGAGCCAAAAAUCGCUUGACACUCAACAUGAUGGUGGACAUAUUUUUGGGGAGCAAAUCUGCUAAGAUCCAGACAGGCAUAUUUGGCAAGGGAGCAGCAUAUUCACGCCACAAUGCAGAACGAUUAUUUAGGAAACUGGUUCUGGAAAGGAUUCUGGAUGAGGAACUAUAUAUUACGGCCAAUGACCAGGCUGUAGCAUAUGUAAGACUUGGAGAGCGGUCCAAUGCUGUGCUCAGUGGUUUCUUAAAGGUACAGUUCCAGGACACUGAAAAUGCCAGCAGCCUCAGAAAACAGAAGGCAUCUGUUAUGGCAUCUACAUCCAAGAGGGAAGAAAUGGUCAAUAAAUGCCAGGCUGAGGUGACAGAGCUCUGUAAACGUCUGGGAAAAAUAUUCGGUGUACACUACUUCAACAUCUUCAAUACAGCAACCAUACGUAGGAUUGCAGAGUCCCUUUCUUCAGAACCUGAAGUUUUAUUACAAAUUGAUGGAGUCACAGAAGAUAAGCUGGAGAAAUAUGGUGCAGAGCUUAUAGAUGUUCUCCAGAAAUACUCCGAGUGGACACUUCCAGCUGAGAACAUUCCCCAAAAGGCCAGUGUGUCAACAAACCACAGUGCCAGGAUUAAUGACAGCGAGGAGGAUGCGGAAGAGAGAGAAAAAACUUCCUCUUAUUUUAACUCGUCCCGGAAAAAUGGCACAAAGAGAAAAAAUGCCCCAUAUGCUCGUAAGGCCAAGAAAAGGAAGACAUGGGGAGAUGGUCAGAAUUCCCGUUCCAAAAGCAAUGAUAGAAAUGCUUCAUACAGCAGGAAUAAUGCUGCAUCUGCUAAAACAGGCAAAGGACGAAAUGUAAAUAACAGCAGUGGAUCCAGACAAGGGGCAGUAAACAAACCUGGCUUCAUGGCAGUCCCAAUGCCCCAGAGCAACCGUCGUUUCCUGACGCCUUCCUACAGCUUUCUUUGAUACUUGUGAAUAAGUUUUAUUAUUAUUUGUAAUAAAGCCUUGUAAUAUUUUUGUAGAUUCAAAUAUGUAAAAUAAAUAUGUCUAAAGGGGU